AGUUGUUGUUUUCGUUAAAGGUUGUAAUUCAAGUGGCUGAUCCUUGCCUUGAGUCAUCUGGCUGAUCCAAAUAACUUAAUCAACUUUGUGUGUAACUAGCACUUCAAUUGCAAUACGCCUCUAUCCCGGCAUUUCUUGAAUUCCAGGAAAGAUUUGGAAUAAAGGUUAGGAGUGUACUUGAUGGCAUCAUCUCCAACGGAAUCUGGGGCAUUGGUUUUAUUGCAAGAACUGCAUCCAUGUUCACCACACUUUAAGCAAGGGGCUUCACUAAGAGUGACCGGAAAGUUACAAGAGUAUUCUGUUGAGACAGCUAUUGCCACAGUAGUAGAUGGAAAUGACAGCUUAAAGAUCGAUACCAAACUCCUCAGAGAGCUUAACAUUCGGGUUGGAUCCAUGUACCAGUUCAUUGGUGAACUGCAUAUUCAACCUGAUAAUGAGGCAGUCUUGCAGGCACGUGUGGGUAGGAAUGUUGAUGGCAUUGACCUCAAGCUCUAUUAUCAGUCUCUUCAAUUGCUAAGGCAAUUUCAAGCCAACCAUCUGAAGAACCCAACUGCUUAACAAAGGUCUGGUUUGAGAAAACUUUUGUGGAGAUUCAAAUGUACUGUAGUAACCACUAACCAGUAAGUAAAAUUCAUAUGAAUUUACUCUCUAGUGUUGUCUACAUUGUGAGUUAGUAAUCAAAAGACUCGUGCUCUUGAAGGCUGUAACAUUCUAAGAGAAAGUAAGAAAACUUCAUUCUCUUAAAGAAAGUAAAGAACCAUUGAGAACCAAAAGGAGCUGCAUUAUCAUUGCGGCACUGUUGACUG